AUGUUGAGGCCGAUCAAGAAGCCGCUACUUCGGAACGAGCAAGCGGAUGAGGCGGCUUAUUUAGCGCACUUAGCUGCCCAGAGGAACGCCAGCGCCUUCUUCGAGAAAUAUGAACGGAGUGAGCUCCAGGAAUUACUCACCACUUCUUUUUGCAGCUGGUUGGCCUCCAAAGAUGACCUGCGCCAUCCCUUGGAGUUCCCCAGCGGGCUCAUGUCUCAGAUGAAAGGCAUCUUGGUCCCCACGGUGAUCUUGCUGACGCCGGUGGAGCCGGGAAUCGAUCUGGACGCGAAGGAGAUCCACCAGAUUGUCCGGGAGCUGGCCGUUGGGGUCUAUUGCCUCAACCAGAUCCCCUCCAUCAGUUUAGACGCCAAUUAUGACCAGAGCACUUCUUGCUCCCUCCCUCCGGCGUACUAUGACACGAGAAUUGGUCAAAUGUUGAUCAGCGUCGACUACAUGCUGAAGGCUUUGUGGCAUGGGGCAUUCAUGCCCAAAGAGAAAAGGGUGAGAUUCUCUGAACUGUGGCGGUCGAGCAUGGAUAUCGAUGCAGACGGGGCCCCCCAGACUGAGAAAACGGCCUGUGCGGAGUUUUGUUCCGCAGGUCUAAUGGAUAUUUCAAGAGACCCAGAUUUUAAAGGAAUCUACGACGAAAACCUGAACGAAGAUCCAACGUACCACCCUAACAGCGAAGAGGAAAAAGAAUUCUUUAUGCAGUUUGCAGACUACAUAUUGCUUAAAUUGGCUUUCGCCACCAUCGAGGUUCAACAAAACGACAACGUCUUCAAGUUCGAGGCAGCUUACACCCUUUCGAACGCCAUCAGAAUGACCGACGACCGCCUGGACAAUGCAGGGUACCAGAGGCUACAACAGCGGCUAGCUCUCCAGCAAAAACUUUUGAGGAAAUACCUCGAAAGAAAAGUGGAAAUCCGUAAGAACAUUGCGUACCUCAAACUGAUGAGCUUUCUCAUUCCAUUCAUGGCCACCUUAAAAAGAAAAAAUAAAAUCCCAAAUUUAAACCGACUUCUUCAGCCGUACUCAGAUGACAAAGUUAAAACUGAACGUGAACUCCCCCCCAUGUUGCUGGGGUCUGAUUUUAAGUGCCAGCACUUUACUUAUGCGCAGAACCAGUAUUUCCAUCUCCAUGGUGGCAUUGAAUUUGAUAUUGGCACACCUUCAGUGGAAGAUAUCCCUGAUGAGAUUAAGGCUGUCUAUGAUGAUAUGUAUGCAUGUGCAACAAACCAAAUUACUCAGCUUUCAGACCCAGAUGCACCCUACAGAGAACAUUAUCCCAUUCCAGUGAUGGAUUUUGACGGCAAGAGCUACUAUGUCAUUGCCCUUGAACUCGAACCUUUUUAUCUACUUUUAAAGACCCAGUGGUGGGGAGCCAUCAAUGAACUCAUCAGCACCCUAAAACCAAAAAGACUUCCAUUAAACGAUAUUCAAGCCAUGGACCAAUUCAAGAAAAAAUUUGGCUACAAGAAAGCUAUUAAAUGCAAGAGUCUGCCAUUCGGUAUGAAAUCGGCGGCUGAAAGAGGGUUAGCGGCAAUUUUCCUUACAUUCUGCCGUAAGACAUCGAUCUCCAGCCUCGGUCUAACAGAUGACCACGGUUAUGCCCUGAUACACCAUGCUGCGAUUCACAACCAUGUGUCAAUCAUCUGUCAGUUGAUGAAAUCGAGUGUGACUAUCAAUCAGAGGCGCUACAUACCAUAUAGCCAAGGGAAGCGUUUUCAGAAAGGAGAUACAAAGGGCUUUAGAACUGUUUUAGGUCCCGCCGCUUUGCACUUUGCGGCCCAGUCUUGCUCCCUCGAGUCUCUUCAUUUCCUCCUGGCCGUCAAGGCGGAUUACUUUAUGCCCGACAAUCGGGGGUGGAUGCCCAUUCAUUUCGCCGCCUUUUACGACAACAUCGCCUGCUUCACCGUUCUGUACCGAAAGAGCCCAGAUCUUCUGGAGACAGAGACGCGGGCCGAAUAUCACUCUACCCCGCUUCUGCUUGCAGCAACAUCUGGUGCAUUAGAUACUAUUCAGUAUUUGUUUUCUCUUGGUGUCAACUGGCUCAAAAAAGAUAGUGAAGGAAAUAACUUAAUUCAUUUGGCGGUGCUGAACUUUCAUACCGAAGUGCUGAAGCAUCUAAUUGAGCUGAAUAUUGCUGAUCUCCCAGUAUGGACAACUCUUGUUGGGAUGCUAGCCUGUGACGAUUAUAGAAGGAGAAAAAUGGCGGUACAGUGUUUAGAAGUUCUGUGUCUUGCCAAAGAUCACUACUGGAAGUUUAUUUUGGAGGCAGGGACAAUACCCUCGCUCAUCAACUUGUUGAAAACCCAAGUGGUCAAGCUGGAAUGUAUCACCAUGGGGGUGCUGAGCAACCUCACGACCCACAAUUCCAUCGCAGAAGCCUUUGUCCUGGCAGGAGGCGUCGCGGUGCUGAUCAAGUUAUUGGCCAGCGAUGAACCGGAGCUGCUGUCCCGUUGUGCCGUCCUUUUAUAUGACAUCGCCCAGUUGGGGAAUAAUCAGACGGUCAUUGCAGAACUGGGAGGCAUUCCAGCCCUCGUCAAUCUCUUGCACAGCAACAUCGAAAGUCUGCUUGUGAAUGUCAUCAACUGCAUCCGAGUGUUGUGCGUGAACCACAAAGAGAACCAACUGAGAGUGAAAGAGUGCAUGGGUAUCAAACCGCUUGUUGCGUUCUUGUCAUCGGACACAGAUGUGCUGUUGGCCGUGGCUUCCGCAGCCAUCGCAGAACUUGCGCGGGGGAACAAGAAGAUGCAGAAUGCGAUCGUGGAAGAGCACGUGAUCAGUCCUCUUGUGGAGCUUCUCAGGGGAAGGAAAAUCAGCGUGCAGGUGAAAGGCGCCAUGGCCAUCCAGACCCUCUGCGAGAAGAACGCUUACAUCCAGAUGAGGUUCCUAGCCCGGUCCGUGACCAAGUUCCUUUUAAAGCUCCUGAAGGCUUUUCAACUGAAUGUCAAAGAGCAAGGUGCCGUAACUCUCUGGGCACUGGCAGGGCAAACCUUGAAGCAACAGAAAUACAUGGCAGAGCAAAUUGGAUACAACCUUAUUAUAGAUAUGCUUCUCUCCCCCUCGGAUAAAAUGCAGUGUGUCGGAGGUGAAGCCGUCAUCGCUCUUAGCAAGGACAGCCAGAUGCAUCAAAAUGAAAUAUGCAAAGGCAACGGAAUCGCCCCGUUAGUUCGGCUGCUGAGGAGCUCGAGGAUAGCCGAGGGAACCCUGCUUAGUAUCAUCCGAGCCUUGGGGACCAUGUGUGUGGGCGAAGCUAUCAUCAGCAAUCCCAUCAGUCAAGCGAACAUAGUGGAUGAAGGGGCCUUGCCAAUACUGGUUAAUUUACUCCGGACUCAUCAUUCUCUUCAGAUAAAGGUUGAAAUUGCCGUUUCGUUGGCUUGCAUUGUCUUAAAGAACAGCCGCCUGCAGGCCGUGUUACAAGACCAGGAAGGUUUCUCUUAUUCUAACGUCCUUCGUCUUCUGCAUUCAACGGAGAAGGAUAUCCAUUUACGGGCUGGCUACGCGGUCGCUCUUUUUGCUUAUAAUAACCCUGCCCAGCAGUUGCUGAUACUGGAGACAGGUCCAAUAACCCUGUCUGUAUUUGAACCUUUUCUGGAAUCGGAAGUGGAGACAGAGAAAGCGAUGGCUGCUUUUCAGAUCAUUAUACUCGCUAGAAUUAUUGUCGAUAAGGACCAGGUGAGUUUGUCCGCACGCGGAGUUUCUAUCCUGGUGGACCUCCUGUGUUCAGAAGAGGCCUCCACUUUGGUGUUAACAGGAAAAUUAUUGGCUAGCCUAGCACACACAAGAUCAGGUAUUCCUGAAGCAAUCACCAGCCUGGGGACUGUUCAACGUCUUUGUUACCAUUUGUAUGCAAAGGAAGAAGAGGUUCGCACAUCCAUGGCGAGCGCUCUGGGGUACUUGACGUAUAACCGGACGGCAUACCGCCAUCUCUUAGUUCAAUGUAGGAAUAAGCCCAAGCUGUUCAAGAGGCUAAUAAAGAAUCUCAGCAGAGACGCAAGGAUCAACCCAGACUUCUUUAAAGAGUUCAGAAGGCAGAAAAAAGUCGGGCUUCCAUCUCUAAGUUUGGAGAUGAACGGAGGCCCGCCUGCUGUUCCUGUACACAUCCGAGAUAAAUCACGGGAAGGAGGGGUCAAAUUCUACAAAUCCAAGUUCCAUCCGAAGGAUUCCCUCUUUUUGGUCCCUACAACUACUCACCUCAUGGGAAGAUUCAGAAAUCUGGAGAAGCCCCACAUUCCCACCUCGGGGCAUUAUCCAGCACCACACAGCACCCCGUCUGAUCUCAUUCAAGUCAUAAGACCCAGAAUUGUUGACAUCAGCGCCCUCCGGUGUAGCUCGUCUGGAAAGUGA